AUCGAUAGAAUUGAGCAAUCAUCGAUUUUUGCACCAGCUCCACCAAAAACGUAAAUAAUAGAAGGAAAAGUGCUUCAGAGUGUUUUAUUUGCGGUAUCACCCAAGGGAAAUCAGGAACCGAGCUGCAGAGUGUGAGACCAGCAUUAGUCAUCGCUGAACUAACCCACCUGAAAAUCCUCGGAGUUCUCCAAAGAAGUCCUUGCAGAAAUGGGCAACAAACAGAUCAAACAGCACUUGGAGACGGCACAGAAGACGGGAAUCCUCAAGAUAUCCCUGCAGCGCCUCCAGGAGUUCCCGCCACAACUGAAGGCCUACCCGAAUGUGCUGAAAACUCUGGAUCUUUCCGAGAAUCGCUUUGAACGGGUGCCCGAUGAGCUGGGCAAGUUGACCCUGCUGAAGCACCUCAAUCUCAGUGGGAACCGACUGGUGGAACUCAACGAAGUGGUGGGCGAACUGGCCAAGCUGGAGGUGCUCUUGUUGAUGGACAAUCUGCUGACCAAACUGCCCAAGACGUUGGCGAACUGCACUCACCUAAAGACCGUGAACCUGAGCAACAACCAGUUGAAGGAGUUUCCCUCCAUGUUGGGCGGCCUGAAGCAGCUGGAUGUCCUGGAUCUCUCGAGGAACAGGAUCACCGAGGUGCCCUCCGAAGUGGGUGGUCUCUAUGUGACCGAACUGAACCUGAACCAGAACCAAAUAUCCUCGCUGGCGGAGGACGUGGCCGACUGUCCCAAGCUGAAGACCCUGAGACUUGAGGAGAACUGCCUUCAGGCGGCUGCUUUCACCCCCAGAAUCCUGAAGGACUCGAAGAUCUGUAACCUGGCCGUCGACGGCAACCUGUUUAACUCGAAACAGUUCACCGACCUCGAUGGCUACGACGUCUACAUGGAACGCUAUACGGCGGUCAAAAAGAAGAUGUUCUAGAUGCCCACUGGGCCCAAUUCCAGAUCCCCCAAUUUAUUGUGUGUGUCCCAGCCUUUAUUUAUCAGCGUAAACUAAUGUAGUAGCUUAAUUCUUUGUGACUUCAGUGUAAAUCGUUAUGAAUAAAACGAGAAAGUCAACUACA